UCGAUAUUUUUUUUUUUAUUAUGUACACUUUUGUACUCAUACACAGCAAGCUGAUAACUUUUUAAAAAAAUAUCGAAUUUGAUGUACCAUAGAAACUUAAUAUGUAUAUAUAUAUAUAUAUAUAUAUAUGGAUUUAUAUAUUCCACAAGAGGUAUGGAAUGCAAUUAUUUUGUUAACAAAAGGCAAAGCAAAUAGAGAAAAAGAGGUUAGUUAGAGAAGUAGGUUGGAGAUAGAUGUCGGCUUCGCAAGUAGAUCCACAUGACAAGAUGAGAGCCAGAGAUGUGAGCAAAGUGGCUCGUGGAGAGCAAGCUCCAAGGCCUGCCCAUGACUACGGUUCCAUCAACGAGGCCCCUCCUAAACCAUCCUCAUCACCAUCACCAUCUCUGCCCGCCGAACAACCCCGCCAUUGCUAUACCAGCUAUUUGGAGUACCACAAAUGCGUUAAGGAGAAGGGAAAAGAUGCACCAGAGUGUGAGAAGUUUGAAAGACAUUACAUGUCCUUGUGUCCUGUUGAAUGGAUUGAGAGGUGGGACGAGCAGCGAGAGAAUGGAACUUUUCCUGGUCGAAUUUAGAUUGGGAAAAUUAUUUUUAUAUAUAAAAAAUUUCUGUCUUCUUUUGUUUUUUAGCAUAAAUUGAUGAAUGUAGAUAUUGUUUCCUCAAAAUUCUUGCAAAAGUGAUUAAUGAUUGCUAUACCCACUUAAGUUGAUGAAUGAUGAUAUCAUCCAUUUCUA